AUGUCUUUGGACUCAUCGUACUACAGCGAUCUUACACGAUUGGAAAGUCAUCACGGAGUGGAUAACGCAUCCAAUGUAGAAGUUCUGAUGCAUGCAAGAGACGCAGAGAUACUCCCUCCAUUCUCUCUUUAUGGGUCUCAUACUCGACACUGCUGUCCAGAAGCUACUACUUGUUCUUCAUCGUCGAGUACGGUGAAUGCUUCCAGUCUUGACAGUAUACACCUUCGCGACACAAUCUCCCCACUGUCAACAACCAAUGAUGGAUCAAAAACCAUCCCGCAGGAACGCUAUGCCCAUGCAUCGAAGGCAGCACGAACCCGAUACGGAAGUGCGACCGGUCUCGAGAUGGAUUCAAUAUAUUUCCGACUAGAGAAUGCGGAAGGAGACGGCGUCAGUCUCUCUGACAUCUUGGACGACACAGGUACUGUGAAUCUCUUAGGUGGAAAGGAUGAAGUGCUUCAGGACCAUGGCGUGAAUGUUAAGCUACGCAUUUUGUGGCCGGGAUGCCAGCCCUGGAGUACUUUGCUGAGAACCAAGACAUGGAGAAAUCCGCAGGCCGCCAUAACGCGCGAGGAACUCGCAAAACGUCUUGCUAGAUCUAUCAUCAAAUUCGUGAAAGUGAGCGUGCCCGAUAUGGCGCAUCCGAACUUGGGGUCAGUACUUAGGCCUCAGAUUAAUGCUCCUACACCAUAUCCGGGUCAGCUAUCCCCAGACAUGAUAUAUCUUCGACGGUUCUACCAAGUGACGAAAGGCAGCUGGCAAGUCGAGCUCGCCUUCUGA